GGAUAGGUAACCGCCCACCACCCCAAACCGAUUAAGGCUGUCCAUUGGAAUUAUAGCGCUCUCCUAUUUCAGCAAUGGAAAUCAGCUGGGAAGUAGUUCUAUGCGUGGCAAUUGCGGUGCUGGUUCACUACUUGGUCUACGUAUUCGUGAUGGGCAAACGGCCGAAGGGCAUUGUGGGACGCCAUGUAGUGGUCACCGGCGGAUCGAAAGGAAUAGGCCUCUGUUUGGCGGUGGAGUGUGCCAUGAAAGGCGCCAAUGUGACGGUGAUAGCCAGGGAUGAGAAAAUGUUGAGUGGAGCCGUGGCUCUGAUGGAGGUGAUUCGACAGAGACCCGAUCAAAAGUUCCAAUACCGAAGUCUUGACAUUGGAGGCGACUAUGAUCGAGUAGCUCAAGUGCUGAAGGAGACCGAGGAGGAGUUUGGACCCAUCUAUGCUCUUAUCAACUGCGCCGGCAUGGCUAUCUGCGGAGUAUUCGAGGAAGUAUCCGUACAGGACGUGCACAAGCUAAUGAACGUAAACUUUUUUGGUACCUACAACUGCACUCGGUAUGUCCUGCCCAAGAUGAAAAAGGCGGGUGAGGGAAUCAUUGUGAUUACAGCUUCACAAGCUGCCAUGUUUGGCAUCUAUGGCUACGGGCCAUAUUCGGCCACAAAGUAUGCGCUUCGUGCCAUGGCCGAGACGAUAGCCAUGGAGUCAAGAGAAUAUGGAGUCAGUGUGACACUGGCCAUGCCCUGCGAUACGAACACUCCGGGAUUUGAAGAGGAGGAAAAGUCGAAACCGCGAGAAACGAAAAUCAUUUCUGGUGGAGGCGGUCUGAUUGAGCCAGAAGUCAUGGCCAAAGCCAUUCUCAAGGAUGCAUUGAAAGGAAACUUCACCUCGAUUGUGGGAGCCGAAAGCUGGUUGAUCACCACAUUAGGCGGAGGUUUGUUGCCCUGGGAUGGAUUUUUCACAAAUCUUCUACAUUCCAUUGUGAUGGGUCCACUGCGCCUCUUUAGCUACGGGCUGCACAAAUAUUUCAAUAGCGUAAUCCGAAAAUGCGCCCGGGAGGAUAAAACCAAGUCCGCAACGGAGUAGCAAUGGGUUGUUUUGGUUUUCAUCAUUAUAACUAUUUAAAGGGCUCAGUACCUUAAUCCAUUAAUUGUGACA